AAUCUAAGCACAAGUUUGGGUUAAGCAGUUUUGUCGGAAUAAUAUGGAAGUGCAGAUAAAAUACGGUGGAAGUAUUUCAUUGAAGCAUUUUGCACAGUUUUCUUUUCAGAAACAGCGGUGUGGAACGUCUAUUCAAGUGUCACUCAAGGAAUAUCAAGCAUAAGGUGGGCGGGUGUGUUCUCAUUCCUCGAUGAUGUUUACAUGCAGUAUGGAGACUAGGACGAAGUUGUACGCGGGGACCCUCCCCGUCCUUCUGGCCCUGGUUUUGGGGUACUUCAGGCCCGAUCUGACUCAGGUUCUCCCUGGCAUCCACAGUAUCUGGAGCGAUGGAGACGCCGGAGAUGCGACCCAGACGCCACCGAAGGGUCACAUGCAGAAGUUUGGACUUCACGUGGACAAGGAAAAGGAGCUGAUCGUGAUGGACCAUUUCCCGAGUCCAGAGGAUUUUUACAGAGACCACAUGCGGCAGUCAGUCCCCCUCGUGGUCCGAGGGUCGCUGAAACACUGGCCGGCCUUGGAGAAAUGGAAGAAUGAAGAUUAUUUACGAGAGAAAUUUGGUAACAGAGAGUUCACAGUGAUGUUCAAAAAAUCAAACGACCACAGGCACAAGUCACAUAUGACAAUGAGCAUGACAGAUUUUUUGAAUCGGUACCGCGAUGAACAUAUCUACAUGGACGCCACACUUUCCCCAGAGAUGACGGAAGAUCUGACUAUCCCAAGAUUCCUUGGUUGCGACGCCAUCAUGAAAAUGAUGAAGCAGUUUGCACUAUUCUUCAACGCCGGAUGGUCCAGUACCUACAUCCACGUGGACGCCACAGAGACGCUGUUUGCGCAAAUCACGGGACAACGACAAUGGAUUCUGAUUCCGCCAACCCACGGGAAAUACCUGCAUACGGACGAUUUUAACUAUCACGCAGGGAUCUCUCCAGUCGAACCGGACGCCGUCGACCUCAUCAAAUUCCCAAAUAUUUCUAAAGUCGACAUCUACAAUAUCACGCUGUAUGAGGGGGAUAUUAUCUACGUUCCUGAGGGGUGGUACCACCAAGUUCGCACCAUGGGCGGUCCACCUAACAUGGCGAUGGCUAUUUUUGUCAAUUAUCUACUUUGUUCGGAGGGAGGAGACACGUCAGAUGUAGCAGAGGCGGCGACAACGGCGUGCAUCGCACGGAGGGAGGCUACGCCCAAAGAAAUCACUUGUAAGGAACGCAUGGAAGAUAUGCCAAUGCACGAAUUUAUCGCCCAAUACAGUUAUAUCAACCCAGACGCGAUUGAUGUGGCGUUAGAAUUCGAAUCCCCAGACGGAAAAUUGAGGACGUACAACAGCACACUCAAGAGCGGAUUUGAAAUGCCUUUGUUGGGGUUUGGCGUGAGGGGUCAACCGACUGAAAAGGCGAAAAUAUCCACCGCGCAUGCGUUGCGACUGCAAUACAGUCUCUUCGACACGGACCCAGAUGAUGAAUCCGAGGAGAUUCUAGGGACUAUUUUAGCUUCCACUCCAGAUGUCAAGCGAGAGGAUGUUUUUAUCGUCGUGAAGGUCCAUCCUAGAAAUUUAGGAAGGGAAAAAACUAUUGUUUCUGUUAAAAGAUCUCUAACAAGACUGAAAACUGACUACAUUGAUUUGGUACUGAUUAAAGCGCCCUCUUGUGAUGGUAUGAAAUUCAAGUGCGAAGCAGACGAUAACCGUGGCACUUGGAAAGAAUCUUGGGAAGCUUUGGAGGAACUGAACGAAGGCGGUAAAAUUCGGUCCCUAGGCGUGAGCAACUUUAAGAUGUCUCAGCUUCGAAAACUGAUUGGUUUUGCUAAAUUCCCCCUGUCCGUUGUACAAAGUAACUUCAACUUGUACAACAGGAAAACUAAACUGCGUCAGUUCUGCAAAGACAACGGCAUCGCGUUUAUGGCGCAUGGAUUGAUGGGAGUUUUGGAGACUGAGAACGGCACACGCGAAAGCCCUCUACUGUCCCACCCUAAGGUGGACCUUGCAGCUAGAAAAUACCGCACAACCCCUGGAACAAUGCUGAUACGAUGGGCCUUAAGCCAGAAUGUGACGGUCACUCCACCGUCGACCAAUCUGGAUCACAUUGCAUUUAACAGACACGCAAUAGUCUUAGAUAUAGCAGAUUCGCCCUGGGCUAUUGAUAUGCUUACUAAAAACUUCCCUCAUGUUGAUUAAGCAGAGGUGGUUGCGUCAUUGCACAGAGAUGAGCUUAUGGCACAGGUCAUUUGGCGGUCCCGGAUAACCAUAUUUCUGUGGUAUUUAUUCUCAUUCUAGAGGGACGUGCUCAAUACGCCAUCGCACAAACGUAUAUUUGCAGCUACUUUUCAAAUUAUAGAGCUUUCGGCAUUCAUAAUUUUAAUAUAUAAUUUGGACUUGAUAAAAAAAAGUCGAACUUUAAGCAUACUUUUCAGAUGAGAUUGAUAAGAGCUUCCUUGCAAAAUGGAACAUGUUCCAACUGCCCUUAAAGUUAACGAAAGAAAAAAACGGUUCGUACGAAAAAUAAACACGCUAUUCAAACAAAAUGCAUAUAAAAAGAAACAUUAGCAACUUAGCUUGAAAAGUUUUUAUUGUUUCAUUCGCGUUGCACAUACACGCAUUUUUAAAUUUUGCUUUAAAAGGGUUCUUUGCUGGAUUUUUUAAAUGCCGUAAUCUGAAAGGUCAUUAAUCGGAAAUUUCCUUAAUCUGUGGUCCAAAUGAUUAACGCAUUUCAUUCAUGUAUUUCUAUUUUCAAUAAACAGAUAAG